GUGUUCGGACGGGGCGCUGUUUCCCUUAUUCCCACGGGGCCUACAAGCCCUGCGAGGUGUCCGGCUGGUGCCCCGUGGAAGAUGGGGCCUUUGUAAGCCAGUUUCUUGGCAAGAUGGCCCCCAACUUCACCAUCCUCAUCAAGAACAGCAUCCACUACCCCAAGUUCCAGUUCUCCAAGGGCAACAUCGAGAUGCGCAAGGAUGGCUACCUGAAGCACUGCCUGUUCGACGAGGUGUCCCACCUGUACUGCCCCAUCUUCAGGCUGGGCUUCAUCGUGGAGCGGGCGGGGGAGAACUUCACGGAGCUGGCCCGCACGGGUGGUGUCAUUGGGGUCAUUAUCAACUGGGACUGUGACCUGGACCUGCCGGCGUCCAACUGCAACCCCAAGUACUCCUUCCGGAGACUGGACCCCAAGCACACCCCGGCCUCCUCUGGCUACAAUUUCAGGUUUGCCAAGUAUUACAAGAUAAACGGCAGCACCACCCGCACCCUCAUCAAGGCCUACGGCAUCCGCAUCGACGUCAUCGUGCACGGACAGGGCUCCUUCCUGUGCGACUGGAUCUUGCUGACAUUCAUGAACAAAAACAAAGUCUACAGCCACAAGAAGUUCGACAAGAUGGUGGACACUCCCGAUCGGGGUGCAGGAGCCGGGCCUCGGGCCUCCGAGCCUCCCCAGCAGGACUCCACGCUCACAGACCCCCGAGGCUUAGCCCAGCUCUGAGCCCCCUCCCCGCUCACACUGCAAAGGCUGCCCUGGCCUGAAGCAGGUGGGACCAGCAUGGAGCGCCCGGCCCUGCCCCCACAUGCCUCCUCACAGCUGGGAACGAAAGGGCCCCAUGCAACUGGGCAGUGGGCUGAAAGGGGGCAGCACCCUGCUCCCAGCUGCCCCCUCCAUCCCCAAUCCUCAUCCCUCCUGCCCACACCACCUGCCCAGACCGGUUGCUGGGCUCCCUAGCCA